UCAAAUUUCACUCCCAAACACCACAACACAAAAAAAAAAACCACCCACUCACUCUUCUUCACACUUUCUCCCCUCCCAUUCUUCCUUCUUCCAUUCCAUGCUUUCUCUCUCUCCUCCACUAAAAUGUUCCCUCUCACUCUCAUCACCAUCUUCAUCAUCUCCAUCUUCAUCUCUUUCCCACAAACACUCUCUCUAAACCAAGAAGGUCUUUACCUUCAACACCUCAAACUCACUUUAGACGACCCAACAAACUCUCUCUCUAACUGGAACACUCGCCAUGACACACCAUGCAAUUGGUCUGCAGUCACUUGCGACUCUACUACUUCCUCAAUCAUCUCUCUUAACUUCACUUCUUUCAAUCUUGUUGGACCAUUUCCUCUUAUCUUAUGUCGUCUACAUUCUCUCUCAUCUCUUUCAUUCUCUAACAACUUCAUCAACUCAUCUUUACCUUCUAAUAUCUCCAACUGUAGUAAUCUCGUUUAUCUCGACCUUUCGCUUAAUACACUCGUGGGUGAAAUACCUGGUUCUCUUGCAUCAAUAACCAGUCUCCGGUACUUGGAUUUGAGCGGGAAUAACUUCUCCGGCGAUGUUCCGGCGAGUUUCGGAACUUUCCGGAACCUUGAGGAGAUUUCAUUGGUCGAUAACCUACUCGACGGAGAUUUCCCCAUGUUCUUGACCAAUGUUACUACUCUGAAGACCUUAAAUCUGAGUUACAACCCGUUUAGGCCGAGUCAAAUCGGUCCUGAGAUCGGUAACUUAGCGAGCCUCGAGUAUUUCUGGGUUGCUAACUGCAGCUUGUUCGGCGAGUUGCCUGACUCGGUGAGUCGACUCGGGAAGGUGAUCAACUUCGACGUGUCGAGCAACGGUUUGAGCGGGAGGAUACCGAGUUCGAUCACUGAGUUGACGAGUGCGGUGCAGAUUGAGCUUUACGGGAACGAGUUCAGCGGCGAGUUGCCGUCUUCUGGGUGGUUGAAGAUGAGGUCGUUGAGGAUGUUUGAUGCUGCGAUGAACAAGCUCAACGGGACGAUUCCCGACGAUUUGACUCAGUUGCAACUCGCGUCGUUGAAUCUGUACGAGAAUGAGUUGGUGGGUGAUGUUCCUGAGAGUAUAGCGAACUCGGUGAAUUUAUACGAGUUGAAGCUUUUUAGUAAUAAACUUUCUGGUGAGUUACCGAAGAAACUCGGGGAGAAUUCGAGGUUGGAGCUUAUUGAUGUGUCGAAUAAUAAUUUUAGUGGGGAGAUUCCACCUGGGUUGUGUUCUAAAGGUGAGUUAACUCAGUUGUUGAUGAUUGAUAACUCGUUUUCCGGCGAAAUUCCGGCGAGUUUAUCAGAGUGUAGGAGUUUAACGAGAGUAAGGUUGAGUAAUAAUCGAUUUUCCGGCAAUGUACCACCGAGUUUCUGGGGGUUACCUCAUUUAUCAUUGCUUGAACUUUCGUAUAAUUUGUUUUCUGGGGAAAUAUCGAAAUCAAUUGCUUCGGGUUUGAAUUUAUCGCAGCUUUUGAUUUCGAAUAAUAAUUUUUCUGGGAAAAUUCCGGAGGAGAUUGGGUUUUUAAGCAAUUUAUUGAGUUUUGUUGCGAAUGAUAAUCAGUUUUCUGGGUCAUUGCCGGAUUCUAUGGUGAAUUUGAGGGAGUUAGGGAGGUUAAAUUUGGAGAAUAAUGAGUUAAGUGGUGAGAUUUCAUCUGAGAUUACGGAAAUGAAGAAACUUAAUGAUUUGAAUUUAGGAAGUAAUGGUUUUUCCGGGAGAAUUCCGGCGGAAAUGGGGAAGUUAUCAACGCUUAAUUACCUCGAUUUGUCGAAUAAUCAGUUAAUUGGUCCAGUUCCAGAUGAAUUGCAGAACUUGAAGUUGAAUCAGUUAAAUUUGUCGAAUAAUCGAUUAUCCGGCGAACUUCCGCCAUUGUUUGCUAAGGAAAUGUAUAAGAGUUCAUUUAUGGGGAACCCUGGAUUAUGUGGUGAGAUAUCUGGUUUAUGUGAUAGUAGAAUUGAGGUGAAAAAACAGAGGUAUUUAUGGUUGUUAAGAACAAUAUUUGUUCUUGCUGCGGUUAUUUUCUUAGUGGGUGUAGUGUGGUUUUAUUACAAGUACAAGAAUUUCAACCAAGUGAAACAAACGAUUGAUAAAUCAAAAUGGACUUUAAUGUCGUUUCACAAAUUGGGUUUUAGUGAAUAUGAGAUUUUGGAUUGUUUAGAUGAAGAUAAUGUGAUAGGAACAGGAGCUUCAGGGAAAGUGUACAAAGCUGUUCUUAGCAAUGGUGAGGCUGUAGCAGUGAAGAAACUAUGGGGUUUUUCGAAUAAAUUUGUCGAUGGAGACGGAGGAGAUGUCGAAAAUGGUCGAGGUAUACACGAUGAUGGAUUCGAAGCUGAAGUCGAAACGUUGGGGAAGAUUAGGCAUAAGAAUAUAGUAAGAUUAUGGUGUUGUUGCAAGACUAAAGAUUGUAAGUUGCUUGUUUAUGAGUAUAUGCCAAAUGGUAGUUUGGGUGAUUUGUUGCAUAGUUCUAAAGGAGGGUUAUUAGAUUGGCCUACGAGGUAUCGAAUCGCCCUCGAUGCUGCUGAAGGUCUUUCGUACUUGCACCAUGAUUGUGUCCCGGCUAUUGUUCAUAGAGAUGUGAAAUCAAAUAACAUCCUUUUGGAUGGUGAUUACGGUGCUAAGGUGGCGGAUUUCGGAGUGGCGAAAGUAGUGGACGCUAUCGGAAAAGGGACUAAAUCGAUGUCGGUCAUCGCCGGUUCUUGUGGCUACAUUGCUCCUGAGUAUGCAUAUACACUUCGAGUCAACGAGAGGAGUGACACAUAUAGCUUUGGGGUCGUAAUCUUAGAAUUGGUGACCGGAAAAAGGCCGGUGGACCCUGAGUACGGUGAGAAGGACUUGGUCAAGUGGGUGUGCACCACAAUGGACCAGAAGGGUGUGGACCAUGUCAUUGACCCAAAGCUCGAUUCUUGCUUCAAGGAAGAAACCUGCAAGCUCCUCAACAUAGGAUUACUCUGCACUAGUCCCCUCCCCAUCAACCGCCCAUCGAUGAGGCGAGUGGUGAAGAUGUUGCAAGAAGUGAGCGGUGAAAACUUGUCGAAAUCAGGGAAGAGGGACGGUAAAUUGACACCGUACUACUACGAAGACGCUUCCGAUCAAGGAAGUGUAGUUUAAACUUUAAAAGUUCAUUCAUAUACUCCUCUAUGUAGUAGUGCAAGUCUGCAAGAAAAGGAAUGGAAUUUUUAGUGUUGUUUGGUUUUGGCAUUGGGUGAGAACUAAGAAAGCAAGUGAGAUCCUUAGAAACAAAAAUCAAAAGUCUGAAAGACAAAGACAAGUGAUAAAUAGAGGUAGAGUAGUACUAGUAAUAUUAGUAGCAAGUAUUUAUGAGUUGCUAUUGUACACUGUAAAUUUGUUUGACUAAUCAGAGUUUUCUUAUCCAAAAGUUGAAAUGCAGCCUGCAUCCAUAGAUUUGUUGCAGUAAUGCUGUUAAACA